AUGGGUCAUACAGUUACUGCCAAAGUUCUACUUGACUGUGGUGCGUCAGCUCGUGAGCAGUUUUUUCUUGACACUAUUUCCCCCAUAGAGAUUGCUAAAGUUAAGAAAGACGAACUUAUGAUCGAGUUGAUUGAGCAAAAAAUUAGAGAAGAAGAAGAAAUUAUUAAUCAUAUGAAAUCAAAUUUUAAUAAACCAAUUUCAAACGAAAGCACAGAUAUGGAAACUAGUAGCACUAGCAAGCCCUCAAAUGUUGCAAGAAAAUUAAACAUCAACGUUGGUGACCAAAAAAACACUGUACUUGUACAAGGCUGUGCAAACCGAUGCCCAGAUGUAUAUGGAUGCCACACACCUGGUGGAGGAGAUUUCCAUUGUCGUGGAUAUGUAAAUGAAUGUAUUGCACGCAUUGCUGGUCCAGGGGGAUUUUGGCAUGUAGUGGAAAACAUAAUGAAAAGGCCAACUGUUAAUCCAUCAUCAUUCAAGUCUAAGUUCAAGGACAACAACUAUAACAACAACGAGGAGGCACUUUUGGAUUAUGACGAUGGUCUUUCAAUUGCCAUGAUCAAGUCUUUCCGAAAGUCACCCUGCUUUCCUGAUGCAUCCGAGUUGGAUCAGUGUUUGAAAGACAGUAAAUCCCAUAACAAAAUAUUGAUUGAUAGAUUUAAAGUAUGGGUGAAGCAACAAGAGGAACAGGAUGCCAUAUUUAAAUAA